AGUUCCACUCAAAGUGGAGCAGGCUAACAACGCUCGGGACGCCUUGGCGAAGGCCGUGUACAGCCGCCUGUUCGACCACGUGGUGACCAGAGUCAACCAGUGCUUCCCCUUCGAAUCCUCCGCCAACUUCAUCGGUGUCCUGGACAUCGCUGGCUUUGAGUACUUUGAGCACAACAGCUUCGAGCAGUUCUGCAUCAACUACUGUAAUGAGAAACUGCAGCAGUUCUUCAAUGAGCGCAUCCUGAAAGAGGAGCAAGAGCUGUACCAGAGGGAGGGGCUCGGAGUCAACGAGGUUCACUAUGUCGACAAUCAGGACUGCAUAGACCUGGUGGAGGCAAAGAUGGUCGGCAUCCUGGACAUCCUGGACGAAGAGAACCGUCUACCUCAACCCAGCGAUCAGCACUUUACCGACACCGUUCACAACAAACACAAGGAUCACUUCCGCCUGACUGUACCCAGGAAGUCUAAGCUGGCUGUCCACAGGAACGUGAGGGAUGAUGAAGGAUUUAUUAUCAGACACUUUGCAGGAGCCGUCUGCUACGAGACGACCAAGUUUGUGGAGAAGAACAACGACGCCCUGCACAUGUCUCUGGAGUGUCUGGUCAGCGAGUCCAAGGACCGCUUCAUCCGCCAACUCUUUGAAAACUCCAACAACAGCAAAGACGUGAAGCAAAAGGCGGGAAAACUCAGCUUCAUCAGCGUCGGCAACAAGUUCAAGACUCAGCUGAAUAUUCUUCUGGAGAAGCUCCGCAGUACGGGCUCCAGUUUCAUUCGCUGCAUUAAGCCCAACCUGAAGAUGAUCAGCCACCAGUUUGAAGGAGCUCAGAUUCUCUCCCAGCUGCAGUGCUCAGGUAUGGUGUCAGUGCUGGACCUGAUGCAGGGCGGCUUCCCCUCCAGAGCUCCCUUCCACGAACUCUACAACAUGUACGAGAAAUACAUGCCUCCCAAACUCACUCGCCUGGACCCGCGCCUCUUCUGCAAGGCUUUAUUCAAAGCUCUGGGACUAAAUGAGAAUGACUACAAGUUCGGCCUGACAAGAGUUUUUUUCCGGCCCGGGAAGUUCGCAGAGUUUGAUCAGAUCAUGAAGUCGGACCCGGACCACCUGGCCGAGCUGGUGAAGAAGGUCAACAAGUGGCUCAUCCACAGCCGCUGGAAGAAGGUCCAGUGGUGCGCGCUGUCCGUCAUCAAACUGAAGAACAAGAUCUUGUACCGGACCAGCGCCUGUAUCAAGAUGCAGAAGAUGGUUCGGAUGUGGCUCUGCAAGAGGAAGCACAAACCACGAAUCGACGGCUUGGUGAAGGUGCGUAAGCUGAAGAUGAGGAUGGACCGCUUCACCGAGGUGGUGGCCGGGCUGAAGGAGGGCAAACAGGAGAUGAGCAAGCAGGUCCAGGAUCUGGACGGCGCCAUCAACGCCCUGAUGAUCAAAAUCAAGAAUACCAUCAUGUCCCGGCUCGACAUCGACCACGAGCACCAGGCUCUGGUGACCCGGUCGGAGCAGCUGCUGACGGCCAUGCAGAACAAGAAGAAGGAAGAGGAGGAGCGGGAACGGCUGAAACGCAUCCAGGAGGAGAUGGACAGGGAGAAGAAGAGGAGGGAGGAGGAAGAGCAGCAGCGCAAGCAGGAUGAGGAGGACAGGCGUCUGAAAUCAGAGAUGGAGCUGAAGAGGAAGCACGAAGAAGAGGAGAGGAAGAGGAGGGAGGAGGAGGAGAGGAGGAUGCAGGUGGAGAUGGAGGUGCAGCUGCAGGCAGAACGGGAGGAGGAGGCGUCUCGGCAGACCGUCCUGGAGCAGGAGAGGAGGGAUCGGGAGCUGGCGCUUAGGAUUGCCCAGAGCGAGUCGGAGCUCAUCCCUGAAGAGGUUCAGACCGACAUGGGCCUGCGCAGUAACGGCUCCUCAGUUCCAUCGUCCCCAGAGAGAGCAGUCACUGCUGGAUCCACACAGCUCAAGAGCUUGACCAUGGAAGAAAUGGCGCUGGAAAUGACUGAACUUCUGGCUAGAGGUCCACAGGUCCAGGCCUCCAAAGCUGCUGCUGGCGCCAAGAAGUACGAGCUGAGCAAGUGGAAGUACGCCGAGCUUCGGGACGCCAUCAAUACCUCAUGUGACAUCGAGCUGCUGGCUGCCUGCAGGGAGGAGUUCCACCGCCGGCUCAAGGUUUACCACGCCUGGAAGUCAAAGAACAAGAAGAGGAACACCGAGACAGAGCAGCGAGCGCCCAAAUCUGUCAUAGACUAUGAUCAUGCGCCUCCUGUGAAAAAAGCAUCCCAGCAGAACCCAGCCCCGCCCAUACCGGCCCGGCAGUACGAGGUGGCCAUGAACCGGCAGCAGCGCUACUUCCGCAUCCCGUUCAUCCGCCCGGGUGACCAGUACAAAGACCCUACGGGCAAGAAGAAGGGCUGGUGGUACGCUCACUUCGAUGGGCCCUGGAUCGCCAGGCAGAUGGAGCUGCAUCCCGAUAAACACCCCAUCCUGCUGGUGGCAGGAAAGGAUGAUAUGGAGAUGUGCGAGCUGAGCCUGGAGGAGACGGGCCUGUCGAGGAAGAGGGGAGCUGAGAUCCUUCCCCGGCAGUACGAGGAGAUCUGGGAGCGUUGCGGCGGCAUCCAGUACCUCCGCAGCGCCAUCGAGAGCCGGCAGGCGCGACCCACCUACGCCACGGCCAUGCUGCAGAGCAUGUUAAAGUGAGGGGGGCCGGGGCCCUCUCACUGCAAACAAAGGGACGAAUGCACCAGCUACCUAACACAGAUGGCGUCUGAGCACACUGCACCAGGUUCUGACUAUAGGGCAUUCACGUGAACAGUGAUUUUUUUUUUUUUCUCUCAAUUGUCCUUUUGUUUUUCUUUUUUUGUUUCUUUUUGUUUUGUUCUUGCUGGCUUUCAGUUCCUCAAAGGGGAGUGAGGGGAGGGAAGUUUUGCAUUGAACCCUAUGCAGAAAAAUCAUAGUAAAUGAUUUCUUUCAGUUGUUUUCCAAGGAAUUCUGUUCUCUGUAAUAUUUCUGCACGUCUAACUACGAGGCCUUAAUACUACUUUAACAGGGUUUAAUUGCCGUAAGUAGGACACUUUUUUUUCUUUUGGUGUUCAAAGCUGCCUCCCCAAACAACAAACCUUUUAAUUCCUCUGUAAUUAUGCAUUCCUGAUUAUUAUUAUUAUUAUUAUUACACUGAAGUCUCACUGGUGUGUCGCUUCCAUCUUAACAGCUAGCUGGUGAUCCCCUCUCUGACUUAAAAACCUGCUGUUUACAUUGUCUUCAUGUGGUUCUUACAGGGCAAAAAAAAAAACUUGCACAAGGAGUUCAGCUCUCACCGUGAGGCAGUGCUGCAUGAGUGUCAGAUUAUUCCUCGUGACUGCACUCGUAAUUCAGUCAAAUAUUUGCUAAUACUUCCUUUUUAUUUUACCUUUUGUCUUUCGAACCGAAUGUAACUUGAGACCUCGUUGAUUUGUUCAUGUAGUGAUUCCUCUUUUCUCUUCAUUAUGUGUGAUUUAAAUGUGUAAAGCUAAUGAGAAAGGUCCAAAAAUGUUUUGAAGUUGAGACCAAACAUGGCUCCAUCAAGCCGUCGUUUUUUUUCUUCUUGGUGGCCAGAGAAGUAAUUCAGCUCCAUGAUUAGUUUUUUUUGUCAAGCAAAUGCAGAAAAUGUGAAUUAAUUAUGCAACAGCUGAGAUGCACCUCCUAUGCGGGAUGUUUGAGAGCAGAUCAGCGCUGCAAAAAAUACCUGCAAC